AUGGAGGACAAGACUGCGUUGAGUCAGGGGAGCGUCUUUAGAUCUCUGCUCGCCAUUGUUCAGUGGUGGGGUUUCAAUGUUACCGUGAUUAUCAUGAACAAAUGGAUCUUUCAGAAAUUGGAUUUCAAGUUCCCGCUGUCUGUAUCUUGUGUCCACUUCAUAUGCUCAUCGAUUGGAGCAUAUAUUGCAAUCAAGGUGCUGAAAGUCAAACCUCUUAUAGUGGUUGAGCCUGAAGAUCGUUGGAAAAGAAUAUUUCCCAUGUCAUUUGUGUUCUGCAUAAACAUUGUGUUGGGAAAUGUGAGCUUGCGGUACAUUCCAGUUUCAUUUAUGCAGACAAUUAAGUCGUUCACUCCUGCAACUACAGUUGUAUUGCAGUGGUUGGUUUGGAGGAAGUACUUUGACUGGCGUAUUUGGGCUUCAUUGGUGCCUAUUGUUGGAGGAAUACUCCUGACAUCUGUGACUGAGCUUAGCUUCAAUGCUUUUGGAUUUUCUGCUGCUCUGCUUGGCUGCUUAGCAACUUCCACAAAGACUAUCCUUGCAGAGUCCUUACUGCAUGGGUACAAAUUUGACAGCAUAAACACGGUGUACUACAUGGCUCCUUUUGCAACCAUGAUACUCGGUGUGCCAGCUUUGCUACUCGAAGGCAAUGGGAUUCUGGAAUGGUUUCAGACGCACGAGACUAUCUACUCUUCCCUGUUUAUCAUACUCCUGUCCGGUGUACUUGCCUUCUGUCUCAACUUUUCAAUCUUUUAUGUGAUCCAUUCAACAACAGCUGUCACCUUCAAUGUUGCUGGGAACCUCAAGGUUGCAGUUGCCGUGUUGAUUUCAUGGCUGAUAUUCAGGAACCCAAUCUCAGCAAUGAAUGCUGUGGGAUGUGCUAUCACGCUCGGUGGAUGUACUUUCUAUGGAUAUGUAAGGCAUUUGCUGUCACAACAGCCAGCCUCUACAGGAACUCCCCGGACGCCCAGGACUCCAAGAAGCCGGAUGGAGUUGCUGCCGCUCGUAAACGAUAAAUUAGAUGAUAAGGUCUGA